AUGGAUCAUAGAAAAGAGUUUGUGUGUAUAUUUGCAAAUGGACGAAUUUUUAAUGGCCCGGUCGGUGCAACAUUUGAGUGUGAUAGAGCGAAAGUAGUGAAAGUUGAUCCAAAUAUUACAUUGGAUAGAUUGAAGGAAGUUAUUGGACGAAAACUACGACUUCCUCCCAAUGAAAUUGUGACAAAUCUAGUGUACAAAUAUCCUACGUGCAUAAAUCCACCACAAUACCAAGCAUGCAAUCUAGAAGAUGAUUCGGAUGUACAACAAAUGUGGCAAGUGAAUCGUCGAUUCUCAACUCAGUUAACAUGUGCAGAGUUGUAUGCCAAUAUAGGUGACUUGGAAGAUGUUGGUCAUAUUGAAUCACAACUAAUGGACAAAAAUGCUGGAAAUACUCUUCCAUCAAGUAGCAAUCAGCUAAACAUUAUAGAAGAAGAAUCCAUGUUUAGCGAUCAGAUGGAAAAUCUUCACCCAUUUGAACUUCCCCAAGAUGGUAUCAACAAUGGGCCAUCUUGCUCUGUUCCUCAAAUGGAAGAUACUAUGGAUGAAUUUGAGGACGAAGAUCAAUAUGAUUCUUAUUUAAAUAUUGGUGAUGGGAAUGAUCAUGAUGACAAUGAUGAGCAUGACGAGAUCAACCAGGAUAAUGAGCUAGCAUCUGCUUUCUUCUCGCAUAUUAAUGUUGAGUCAGCUAUGGCUCCUGAGUUCAGUGAAUUAGAAGAAAUUCCACCUUUCAGUCAAAAUGAAGAGUUACAUAUCGGAAAGAUGUUUAGCAAUGUUCGUGUUUUGAGACGUGCGGUCAAGUUAUACUCUGUUCGAGUUCAUCACACAUUCAAGGUCUAUUAUUCAUGUAACAAGUAUGAAGAAUAUCGAUGCAUUAACUAUGGUGAAAGCUGCAAUUGGAGAGUAAGAGCUUGUAAGAAGGAAAACAGAAACUUUUGGCAAAUUACAAAAUAUGGGGGGCCCCACACAUGCUUAAGCACAUCACUAACUCAAGACCAUCCAAAGUUAGAUGCUGAUGUUAUAUCAUCUUGUAUCAUAGCAAUGGUAACUGAUAAGCCAGAUGUGAAAGUAUCUCAAAUUAUAGAGAGGAUGCAAUCCAUGUUUGGUUAUAUAGUGUCAUAUAAGAAGGCUUGGAAUGCAAUAUGUUGA